GAUUUAGUCUCGAAGGCUGAGCCAGAGGAUUUCAGUCUUCUAGUCUGUUCUAGUGUUGAAUCUGCUGCUGUAUACUUGAACGUCUUCCUCCUUAACCGCAUGGAUCUGGGCAAUCAGUUAGUUCUUCCUAAUAGUGCCGAUCAUGACAUUGUAACCUCAUCCUGCGUAGGUGACCUCAACUGUGACGGCAUCACUGAAUUAGUGCUGGGAACAUUUGACCAAUCACUGCUUAUCUACCGGUUGGUUAUAAAUUUUUUUGUCAUGGUGCUUCCCUUGACUUCUUAG